CGGCGUUUCCCGAAAACAUGUUCAUUCGAUAGCUUCGAUAAGACGACCGAUGUUGUUUGGAGCACGACGGGCUUGAAGCAAUAUGGCGAAGUGUGUCACGGAGGGUUCGGUAUAAACGCAGUGUGUCGUUCGAAAAAUGACAAGUUCACGAUAUGGGUUGAUAAUAAUAAUAAUGUAGCGAUACGUGCGAAUCGUGCGAGGGUCGACGUAAUCACGUGCACGUAAAACUGCGCCUAACGGUUUCUCCUCGUGUGAUUGUGUGAUACAAAAGUGCGCGCGUUACCGGUGUGCAAAAGUCAUGGCUACGGAUAAAAUAAAGGUUGCCGUACGGGUUCGGCCAUUCAAUCGCAGAGAGCUGGAACUCGGUACACAAUGCGUCGUCGAAAUGACAGGGCAGCAAACCAUCUUGCAGCAUCCUAUCACGAUGGACAAAAUCGAUCGAAACAAGCCGAAAACUUUCGCUUUCGACCACUGUUUUUACUCCUUGGAACCUGGAACGGAAAAUUUUGCAAGUCAAGAUGUCGUUUUCGAUGCCCUGGGUCGUGAUAUUUUGGACAAUGCAUUUCAGGGUUACAACGCCUGUAUAUUUGCCUAUGGACAAACCGGCUCCGGAAAGUCUUAUACGAUGAUGGGCAGUGGCGACAACAAAGGGAUAAUACCACGCUUGUGCGACAAUCUCUUUGAUAUGAUAGCAAAACAGCAAAGUUCCGAGCUCACGUACAAGGUCGAGGUCUCAUAUAUGGAGAUCUACAAUGAGAAGGUGCAUGAUCUCUUGGAUCCAAAGCCGAAUAAGCAAUCGCUCAAAGUCAGAGAGCACAAUGUUCUAGGACCCUAUGUGGAUGGACUCAGUCAAUUGGCGGUCACUUCUUUUCAGGAUAUCGACAAUCUCAUGGCGGAGGGCAACAAGUCGCGGACGGUGGCUGCGACGAAUAUGAAUUCUGAGAGCUCUCGUUCGCAUGCCGUAUUCUCGGUAAUCCUUACGCAGACUCUAACGGAUUCGAAAAGCGGGGUCAGCGGAGAAAAGGUCUCGCGGAUGAGCUUGGUGGAUUUAGCUGGGAGCGAAAGGGCUGUGAAAACUGGAGCAGUGGGCGAUAGGCUUAAAGAAGGAAGCAAUAUUAACAAGUCCCUAACGACGUUGGGUCUAGUCAUUUCAAAAUUGGCGGAUCAGAACUCCAUCAACAACAACAAGAAGAAGGAUAAUUUUGUACCGUACAGAGAUUCGGUUCUUACUUGGCUCUUGAAGGAUAAUCUUGGUGGUAAUAGCAAAACUGUUAUGGUAGCCACUAUAUCGCCGGCUGCGGACAAUUACGAAGAAACGUUAUCAACUCUUCGAUAUGCCGAUAGAGCGAAGAGGAUAGUCAAUCAUGCCGUGGUUAACGAGGAUCCUAAUGCCAGAAUUAUUCGUGAACUCAGACAAGAAGUUGAAACCUUGAAGGAAAUGUUGUUGCACGCCACAGCUCAGGGAUCAAUCGUCGGUCAACAGCGCACAGAUAUUACGGAAAAGCUAUCGGAAUCGGAAAAAUUGAUGAAGGAAAUGUCACAGACAUGGGAGGAGAAACUAGUGAAGACCGAAAGAUUGCAACACGAGAGGCAGCAAGCUCUCGAAAAGAUGGGAAUAAGCGUACAAGCGUCUGGUAUUCAAGUAGAGAAGAAUAAAUACUACUUGGUUAAUUUAAACGAUGAUCCAAGUUUAAAUGAGUUAUUGGUUUAUUACCUCAAGGAAAGGACUCUUGUAGGCGGUCGUUCAGCCAAGACAGAACAGGAUAUUCAAUUGCACGGUUUGGGUAUACUACCGGAACAUUGCGUUAUCACGAUAGAAGAACCAGCUUUGUACAUGACGCCAUUGAAUGGUGCUCGAUGCUUUGUUAACGGCACGCAAGUCGUAGAUAAGACUCUGUUACAACACGGCGAUAGAAUUGUUUGGGGAAACCAUCACUUCUUCAGAGUAAACUGUCCGAGAAGCGCUACAGCAAUCAAUAGCGAACCGCAAACUCCCGCUCAGAAUAUCGAUUAUAACUUCGCCAGAGAGGAACUUAUGCUUAAUGAACUGUCGAACGAUCCGAUUCAGCGGGCGAUCGCGAGGCUGGAGAAGCAACACGAGGAAGAUAAGCAGGUCGCACUUGAAAAGCAGCGGUUGGAAUACGAAAGGCAGUUUCAACAGCUGCGCAACAUACUGUCUCCCUCCACGCCGUACUCGCCUUAUGUGCCGUACGAUCCUCUGAGAGGUAGUCAAAGCGGAAAGCUCCCGGCUUGCACUCCAACCACGCAAAUGCGUGUCGAGAAGUGGGCGCAGGAGCGGGACGAGAUGUUCAAGCGAAGUUUAGGUCAACUGAAGACAGACAUUUUGAAGGCCAAUGCGUUGGUGCAGGAGGCGAACUUUCUCGCGGAAGAGAUGGGCAAACAGACAAAAUUCAGCGUUACCCUGCAGAUUCCCCCGAAUAAUCUAAGUCCAAAUAGAAAGAGUGUAUUCUUUCAGCGGGGCGCGUUUGUCAGUGAGCCUGCAAUUUUAGUGAAAAGAACGAAUACAGGUAGUCAAGUAUGGUCUAUGGAAAAACUGGAAAAUAAGCUGGUCGAUAUGCGAGAUAUGUACGAGGAACGAAAAGAUCCUCACAAUUGUCAACGAUUACCAGCGAUUAAGGACGAAUUGCCGGGAAAAACGCAAGAUCCGUUUUACGAAUCUCAGGAGAAUCACAAUCUAAUUGGCGUCGCGAAUAUUUUCUUAGAAGUGCUGUUCCACGAUGUACGAUUAGAUUAUCACACUCCGAUUAUUAGUCAGCAAGGGGAAGUCGCUGGUCGACUGCAGGUCGAGAUAAGUCGCAUAUCCGGACAAUUUCCUCAGGAUCGGAUUUGCGAGGCCGCUUCGGAAUCUUCCUCCGCGGACUCGACGUCUUCCGAAACUGAGGAUUAUUCCGGGGGAUCCAGUCACAUCACCUGUCGCGUUACGAUAAAACAGGCCACCGGUCUACCACUCUCGUUAAGCCACUUUGUAUUUUGCCAAUAUAUGUUUUGGGGUCACCCGGAACCGAUAGUAGUACCACCGAUGGUGAACGCGGAGCUACCCAAUUCGAACUGCAUCACUGGACAGAGAGACUCGUUGGCAUUUAAAUUUGAUCACACCAAGGAUUUCACUAUACCAAUCACGGAGGAGUUUAUGGAACAUGCAGCAGAGGGUGCGUUGAGUAUAGAGGUAUGGGGUCAUCGCAGUGCAGGUUUCUCACGUAGUAAGCCUGGAUGGGAAGUGGAACAGCAACAAUUGGCGAAAGCCAGAUCGCUCGCUGACCGAUGGUCAGAAUUAACGAGGAAGAUCGAAUUAUGGGUGGAAAUACAGGAACUGAAUGAGCAGGGAGAAUAUUGCCCCGUCGAAGUCGCAGUAAAGCAAGAUACAUGUACAGGUGGCAUUUAUCAACUUCGACAAGGUCAACAACGUCGGAUACAAGUUCGAGUCAAACCGGUACAGAAUUCCGGAACCCUGCCAAUUAUCUGUCAAACGAUAUUGAAUAUAGCCGUUGGCAGUGUAUCCGUACGAAACCGAUUGCAAAUUCCGUUAGAUAGUUACCAGGACGAGGAUCUGAGUAUAUUGAGAGAGAAAUGGAGCGACGCUUUAAUGAGAAGACGGCAGUAUCUUGAUCAACAGAUUCAGAAACUCAUCAAUAAACAAGACAAAACGGAACAAGACAUGGAGCGAGAACAAAGUCUAGUCGAUCAAUGGGUUAGUCUUACAGAGGAGCGGAAUGCCGUUCUAGUUCCUGCGGCUGGCUCAGGUAUUCCCGGUGCUCCUGCCGACUGGAUUGCUCCUGCAGGAAUGGAACCUCAUAUCCCCGUAUUAUUCCUCGAUCUCAACGCUGAUGAUCUCUCAACGCAUCAAUCGGGAGAGGAAGUGUCGGUGACAGGAUUGAAUUCGAUUCUACCUAAAGAACACGGAAAUAAAUUUUAUAAUUUACCGAUAAUUCGACAUUUAGAGAAAGACGUAUGUGCCAUCGCCGCUUGGGAUUCUAGUAUACACGACAACGUGCAUCUUAACAGAGUGACUGAUGCUAAUGAAAGGGUGUUUCUAAUCCUGAAGACCACCGUUCGCUUGUCGCAUCCAGCACCGAUGGACCUUGUGCUGCGCAAAAGGUUAGCUUUAAACAUAUACAAGAGGCAGAGCAUCACGGAUAGAAUUUUCAAGAGAAUCGUACGAACUGACUUCUUAAUGCAAACCGGCGUCACUUAUGAGGUAGUUUCGAACAUACCAAAAGCGAGCGAAGAGCUAGAAGAUCGUGAGAGCUUGGCGCAAAUCGCGGCUAGCGGAGAAGAUAAUAGUUUAUGCGACGGAGAAACUUACAUAGAAAAAUAUACUCGCGGUGUCUCAGCUGUCGAAAGUAUAUUAACGUUGGACCGAUUACGACAAAGUGUCGCUGUAAAGGAACUGUUACAAGCACAAGGGCAACCAUUGAUGCGUAAAACUGCAAGUGUUCCAAACUUCUCGCAGAUUAUGAGAUUCGAUACAUCGAUGGACUCGUUGAAUGUUACUCGUUCAGAAAGCGUAACAGAUCUUAAUUCGGAAAUAAAUGGUCUCCCACAUCCGCGACGCGCGUCCAUAGGUCACGUGAGAAAUGACGAAAAUAAUUUCAUAUCUGCACCACCAAAGACGUUUGGAAUUGGCUCCAUUCUCAACUCAGCGAGACCAACUUUCCUGAAUCUGAACCUGAAUCUCAACUCAUUGACACGUCUUCAACAGUCUACCUCUGCCAAGUCAUCUCCAAAUAUAGUCAGUAGCAAACUGGGUCCCCGUAUGACCACGUUGCAUGAGGAAACGUCAAAUAUUGGAAACCAGGCAUUUACUCCUAUCAAUGACGAUGACGAGGAGAAAAGCGAUGCCGAUUACUCCGAAUAUGAGGCAUAUCAGGCUCCACCAAAACCGACAAAGCCGUUAACUUCUUCACGCACACUGGACUCUCUAGUCGAGCUACAAUCGACCAAGAUCAACACGCCAAGUAUGAGUAGUAGCGGUUAUGGUUCUCAGGCUGUCUCCACGACAAACCUAACGUCAGAAGAUUCCAUUUCCAUCAAAUCUAUCAGCGUGGACGAGACUCCGGAUCUCGAGUAUCGUAAUCCUGUUGAUAGCAAGAAACCCGAGAAAAUGGAUAGUUCCCUCGUUGAAGAAACGCCCGAGGAAUACUUAGGCGAGAUAAACUCUGCAUUGGAUAAUUUUGAUAUCUCCCAGAGCUCUCGCACAGAAGAAUAUACUAGAAAAGAUCUGGAAGAGACAGGAGCAUAUGUGGAUACUGACAUCGAUAGUCCAGUUUCUUCUACAAAGAGCGAAGGUGAAACUAAUAGCAACAAGACUCGAAAAAAAAGUACACAUGAUCAGAUUUUCGAUGAUAGGAGGAAAAGCACGAUGGAAAUCAGUCAGACAUUUAAUUCGGGAGAUGAUAGUUCCACGGAGGGAACCUCGGUCGUACAUACCAAACUGCCACCCGGCAAGGUGAAUAAAUUAUGCUGUUGUGCGAAGAAAAAGACUUCUAGCGGUACAGGAAGGCCUACAAGUUCACAACAUAGAGCUUCGUUUCCUAUGGUCCGUCCACAACUUUCCGAGAGUAAGGCUGCAGCACGCUUGGAACAAACACUACAACCUAAUAUGCCAUAUGAAAAUGGCGACAAUAGUUCUUCAGAGAGAAUCGAUGAUGAUAUCAGCGACAAAAGUUCAGCUUUUGGUUCAAGACACGAUUUAACUCGAAUGGAACCUCUUUUACCAGAUUGGGUCGUCGUUGGUGAAUCAGUUUUGGUUCGCCCAUACAGUUAUUCUGGAGUCAUAGCAUAUGUUGGCUUUACAGAGUUUGCAUCUGGAACUUGGAUAGGAGUUGAGCUUGAUGCUCCAACUGGCAAGAAUGAUGGUGCUGUUAAUGGUCAUAAAUAUUUUACCUGUAGACCAAAAUGCGGUAUAUUUGUUAAAGUGGAUAAACUAAUUCAAGAUAGACGGGGACGAGCGCUUAGAAGUUAUAGCAAGCAAGAAUCUGCACCAGCACCAUCCUCGUUAAUGCGUAGAAGCGUUAGCAAGGGAGAAGGCUUACAUUCCUUGCACCGAAGUCGCAGCCGAGGUGAAGGCCUCUCUACAGCAGGUACACUACGUCCUUUUUCACGCGGCAAGUAAACGAAUCGUACAUAGCUUCAACAUUACUUCGUGUUGGUAAAAACAGCCACUACAUAAGUAUCCUAAUUGCUGCAUGCCUAUGAUAUGUGUAGCAGCAAUGUUUCAGUCCUUUAGACAUUUAGGGGGCAGCUCUAUUGAUUAUUCUCAAAGUAAUAUACUUGAAAAUAUUAGAUCAUUAAUGUGUUAUAUGAUCAUCUCACACACACACACACGAAACGUGUGGGUCGUUGUUCUACUCAGAAUUCAUGCUGCGUAAAUAAUAUGUAUCUAUAUCUACUUUCGAAGAUAGUGGGUCCGA